UUCCGGCGGGCGUACGCCGCCACUUGCGCUCUCAUGUUAAUGGCGGGUGGUGGCCGCUGAGAGGGCCGCAGAUAACCGCUACCGGCACAGGGAGCGUCUCCCUGCUUCCCCCUCUCCGCCUGCCGCGUGUGUCCGAGCUCGCCAGCAUGUCCGUGGUGCCGCCCAAUCGUUCGCAGACCGGCUGGCCCCGGGGGGUCAACCAGUUCGGAAACAAGUACAUUCAGCAGACCAAGCCCCUCACCCUGGAGCGCACCAUCAACCUGUACCCUCUUACCAAUUACACUUUUGGUACAAAAGAGCCCCUCUAUGAGAAGGAUAGUUCUGUUGCAGCCAGAUUUCAGCGCAUGAGGGAGGAAUUUGAUAAAAUUGGAAUGAGGAGGACUGUAGAAGGGGUUCUGAUUGUACAUGAGCACCGGCUACCCCAUGUGUUACUGCUGCAGCUGGGAACAACUUUCUUCAAAUUACCUGGUGGUGAACUUAACCCAGGAGAAGAUGAAGUUGAAGGAUUAAAACGCUUAAUGACAGAGAUACUAGGUCGUCAAGAUGGAGUCCUGCAGGACUGGGUCAUUGAUGACUGCAUCGGUAACUGGUGGAGACCAAAUUUUGAACCUCCUCAGUAUCCAUACAUUCCUGCACAUAUUACAAAACCCAAGGAACAUAAGAAGUUGUUUUUGGUUCAGCUUCAAGAGAAAGCCUUGUUUGCAGUCCCUAAAAAUUACAAGCUGGUAGCGGCACCAUUGUUUGAAUUGUAUGACAAUGCACCAGGAUAUGGACCUAUCAUUUCUAGUCUCCCUCAGCUUUUGAGCAGGUUCAAUUUUAUAUACAACUGAAUUCCUGCACAGUGGAGAAGUAAAAGAAGCCGUCUCUGUGAGCACAGCUAUACACAUGGUGUAGAAUAAAAUGAUAGAAAAAAAUCUUUGGUUUUCUCUCUUUCCCCAACCCUAAAUUGCCAUCCACUUUCUGUUGUUUGAAUAGUAAAGUUAAUAUGAAUACUAGAUAGUGGUGUAAACAAAUGUGAUGUUUAGUUUAUUUUUGGGUUCUCAUGCUUUUUUGUACAUUAAAGAAAAGUGGACUUGUAUUUGUUUUGUUUUUUCACAUUAAACUUCUAAAAUUCUUACAGGUGAGGAUUGUUUCUUUUCUCCCCCUAGGCUGGUCAAUGUUAAGGGACAAUGGCAGUUUUAGGCCAGUGAAGAUUAUGGGACUCUAGCUCCAGUACUACUCUUGGGGUAUACACCAAGACAGUGUUAUGUGAUGUGGCUUGUCUUGUUACUUUUGGAAACUAGAUUGGCUUAAGUCUACAGUACAACUCCUGUGCCUUGUCUUACAUUCUAGUCAUGCACAUUCUAAUAAGUAGUAUUGUAGCAGAGAUCCCAGGAUAUUAUUGACACAUACUUUUUAUAUUGAUAUAUCUAGACUUUAGUUGACAAGUGACAGACCUUAAACAUGGGAGAAAUUGUUAAAAUUGGCUAGGUUGGCAAAAUUAUGGGAAUUGGUAUAAAAAGAGACUUAUCUCGAGCUCACUUAGUUAUCUUUUCUUCACAUAAUGGGAGUAUUGUGAGAUUAUGUGUUCUAGCUACUCUUACGGCCAUGGUGAAAUCAUCAUCUGUGAGGGAAGUUUCUAAGUCUGUUCAAUUUGGUACUCAUAGAUUACGAAGUUUUUAUUUCAAUUAACUUGAAGUUAUAUUUACUGAGUUGAAAUUUAGGUUUUAGCAAGUGACACAAAGCCUUUACAAAAUCUUUUGUAAUAAUCUGCAUAAACUCAAAUGUUAAGGACUGCAUAAGGGAUAGAUUUUGUCAGCCAAAGAGGAAUUAUCAAAUUUUAAAGAAUUUUUAAAAACACUGCUAAACUUGGAUCAAAUUUUGUUGAAUGAAAACAAUAUAGGGCAGAGGAGUUUGCUGGCUCUGUAACUUCUUAGUGAUCAAAGUAUACUGGGUAUGUUUUAUUACAGACUCGAUGACUGCAGGCUUAAUGUAAAGGAUAUUUUAUAUAAAACGCAGCUACUUAAAAGAAGAGGUUGGUAUAGUUAAGUUUUUAAUAGAUACAUAGAAAUGAACUUUGGAUUAGUUCUUACAUUUUUAUGGUGCUGAUCACAAGGAUAUUCUGAAUAGUGGGUGAUGUAAAAGGUUUAUCAUAUAUUCUUUCCUAUUUUAGACUUGAGAAAAUCAGACCAAGAGCAACUGAGUGAUUACAUUCAUAGGCAUUCAAUUUUGUUUAUUUAGUUGAGGUCCUUUCACACCUUCACACGUCUGCGUAGCAAGCAGUGAGUGUAACUGUGCCUAUGCUUAGGUGAACACCAUUCUCCAGGACCAAAAAUGACCAGUGAUUUCUUUUGAAAAAACCACUAGUUCUGUGACUGGUCAUCUAAGAGACCUGCCUCUUUGGUUUACAGAAGCAUGUUUCUCACUAUAAUUAUACUGGUGAGCUCAUUGACUGAGUCCAUCAAGAUUGAAGGAGGCAAAGAUGGAAAUGACUUGAUCCAGCCCACCUUCCAUGAAAAGUUACGGUGACCACAAUUCAAAUGUGUUAGCUCUUGCCAUUGGGGAGGGUGGAGAGAAGUGGACUUUUUCUUUGUAUGAUUUAUAAAGUACAGUCAAUAAAUAGUGUGUGAGUUGAAUAUUUAUGUGAUUCAAGGCCACUCAUGCCCUUUGUAACUUAAGCUUUGACCUCGAAAUUCUUGAUCACUACUAUUCAGUGAGUGCAUGAGUCAGUCAGCUCACCUAGGUGAAAAAAAAGUUUUGAUUAAUUGAAGUUGGCUGGGUUACCAACCUUGGAAUGUAAGAGGUUGAGUUUUGAAUAUAAAUGCAUAACACAAAUAACUCUUUUUGAGCCAGUUAGUUAAAGUUGUAUCCUAAUACUUUUUUGUUUUAAGUUUUCAGAUCUAAUACAGUACAAGGGUACAGGGGUUCUAUUUAUAAACAGGUCAUUGAUAUGCAAAUUCACACUUUAAGAACUACCAGUCUUAAAUUGUGCGUUCUAGUUCUCUACAUUUUAAAAUACUGAAGUUUUAAAAUGAGUUCUUGAUUAAUUGAUUUAUUUUUUAAUGCCUUUUAUGUCCCAGGUUUGUUUAUAAAUGAGAGCCCUCUAGUGCAUGUUGCACUACAGCAUAUGCCAUGUGAUUUUCCCUGAGUGAUCCAAGUAGUACAUAUUCUACCUAAAACUAUCACAUGGCACAGGAAAAUAUUCAGGAACCUGGGGGGAAAACUAAAAAGUUUUACUUAAAUGUUUUAAAUCAUAUUUAAAAUUGACAACCCUUUGAAAAAAAAGUAAAUUUUGUUUUUUCCCGAAGUGAAAAAACUGGUCUUAACAAAGAUACACAAUAAAGGGUAGAUAAUAUUUACAUAGCAUUAUGGUAAUUCCGUAUGGAUUUGUGCUUUUUAUCAGUCUUAUAAUUUGUAUUACAGGAGUCAGUUAUUUUGGAUUUUUAAGGCUUCCAUUAAGUAUUUUAUUUAGCUAAAAGAACAAAAUUAACUAGUCUAUUUCUUUUAAUGCUUAAUUAGUUUUCCAGAUUCAGCAGGUCAGCAAGCAAUCAGCUUAACAUUCCCUUUCUUAAAGGACGAGACCCAAGUUUUUAAUGGCCUUAUUUUUUUUUUAAGUACUUGAGAGGAAAUGCUUGGUCACUUUUCCAUGUGGAGUUCCCCAAACUUAGUAUUUACUGGUUCAUAGUGUUUGCAACAAAAUGUACAGAUCUCCAAGACUGCCAUAGAGAGCACAAGGUUUUGUACAUUGCAUUGCCAGAGAAGACUGAGGCUUGAUAUUCCAUGAUCAUUCCAUUUGUUUUACAUAUUUAUUAUUUGGGUUCAACUGGACUCAUUCAAGCAGUUUGCUUUUGUUGUUUAAAUGUAUGAUGAGAAACAUACUGUAAUUCAACUUGAGACAUACAGUUCUUUAGUAUUAGCUUGUAUUAUAUUUAUCAAACUUGUGUUUGUGGAAAAAAAACUGACUAAAACCUAAGAUAGUCUAGAUUAGGCUAGUUUAAGUGUAAUUUGUAUUUUAGUGUUGGAUUAUGAGGCUAGAGAUAAAUUGGGAAAAUACUGAUUAUGCUGUUCUGUUGAGGGAAAGAUUAGUGCAUUUAACUUCUGGUUACUUGUGUUCACAUCAUAGUCAGAUCAUUUAUAGUUUGACUUUGAGACUUUUCCUGACAUUAAGUUUAUAGAAAAUGUAUAAAAACAACUGUUUGAAGUUUUGGUUAUAUUUUUAUAUUUGUAAAGUAAAACUUUAAUAUGGUCACUGUUCUUUUUAAAUUUU